CCUCCCCCAUCAUGAGUCUGUCCAAUAGAGACAGAGGAAGGAGGAGUUCAGUCGGUCUUCAGUCUCCUCUGUUGUGUUGAACCCUGAACCACAACAAAGACUAACGGUGCCACAACGAAUGACCAACAAGUAAAAACAACAAAACAAGCUACAGCUAUGGGAAAGUUUCAUUCUCACUUGGCCAACCCCAAAGACGAGAGUCAGGAUGCGCUGACGGCUUCGGGAGAGUACAGAGACGGCGAGGAGGAUGGAAAGAACGGAGACGUGUCUCAGUUCCCCUACGUGGAGUUCACUGGACGGGACAGCGUCACGUGUCCCACAUGUCAGGGCACCGGCAGAAUACCACGAGGUCAAGAGAAUCAGCUCGUGGCUCUGAUUCCAUACAGCGACCAAAGGCUCAGGCCGAGCAGGACAAAGCUGUAUGUCACGAUAUCAGUGGCGCUUUGCCUGCUGCUGUCUGGCCUGGCUGUUUUCUUCUUAUUCCCUCGCUCUAUUGAUGUCUCCUACGUGGGAGUGAAGUCUGCCUACGUGGCCUAUGAUGUGGACAAACGAAUCAUCUAUCUCAACAUCACAAGCACCCUGAACAUCACCAAUAAUAACUACUACACCGUAUCUGUGACCAACAUCACAGCCCAAGUGCAGUUCUCCAAGACGGUGAUAGGCAAGGCCAAGUUUAACAACAGCUCAGUGAUCAUACCACUGGAUGAACGGCAGAUCGACUACACUGUUCCCACCACUAUUGCUGAUGACAUGAGUUAUAUGUUUGGCUACUGCACCUUGCCGACCAUUAAAGUUCACAACAUAGUGGUCAUGAUGCAGGUGACGGUGACCACGUCGUACUUCGGCCACGCGGAGCAGGUCUCCCAGGAGAUGUACCAGUAUGUGGACUGCGGAGGGAACACCACCUCCUUGCAUGGGCAUGUGCAGGUCUACCAGUAGAGGAAGCAAAAGAGCCCAGGCAUUAAAAUACUGCCGUGACUUGAGGGUCUCACAGAGAAAACUGGGCUGGGAUGUCUUCUACGUAGGAAAUGUUUGCUCAGUGACAAUGUAAAGAUGGAAGGGACAUAACUUUUCUUAAAACUAGUCAGUGGCUCAUCCUUUCUUAAAUUCCCAACCACUUUCUUCCUUUCACAGGUCGAGCUAUUGUUUUGGUUGGUUACUUGUCAAACAGGCUGGUAAAAGCAGACAAACGUACCUGCCACAGCCAGAAUUUUGCAGGAUUUGCGUCGAGGUUUGCUGUCGUUUUUCACCCUGGUGCCAACAAAAGAGAUAUUAUUUAAUAUUCACAUUAAUGGUAGACAUUCCCAUCAGGUUUACACUUUCACUCCUUAACAAUUAAUUUACUGGAAGCUGUGCUUUCCGAUAUGAUGCACUUUAACCUUAUCUACAGAUAUUAAUAAGAAUAUUAUAUGAGUGCCCUCUAGACCACUUUUAAUGAAAAAUACAACAGCUAAGGUUCAAGAGUGAAAACCACUGAGCUGUUUCUAACCACCUCUGUCUGCCCUCUUUUCCUUUCUCUCUUUAUUUUGUUUCAUAAAAAUAUAAUUCUUGAUAUUGUGUAGUGCAUUAGAUGACAUUUUACCUUGUGUCAUUUGUUUUUUUUGGAGUUCUUUAUUUUCAUUAUAGGUAAUCUUUUCUUAUGUUAAGCUAUCGUCACCUGAGUGAUUUAAAAGUAGAUGCGACUACUAUGAAGAAGAGGUUAUAAAAACAACUUUGUAAAAGGGAUAACUUUUAUUUUAUUAUUUCAUAGCAAAUGUGAAAGCAUUAAAGUGGGCUAUAAAAUACAGAAAUGUGUAAAUGUAAAUGUAAAGUAUGUGCUUUCUGGUGUGCUUCAAAACAUGUUGUAUCAAGAAUCAUUUCAUCACCCUUUUAAUGAGGUUGUUCUAUUUUUUUGUUUGCUCUGGUGUCAUUUGCUUUAAUGUGUUAUGCUAUUUUUUAACCCACUUUGCAUCUACUAACUUGCAUCAUGAGUUGACUGGUGUUCUUGAGUUUUGAAAUUACAUACUUUUGUCACAUGAUAUCAUUUAGGAUUGGCUUUUUCAAACAGAUCAUGUGAUGUACUGAAUGUUGUCUGACAGGAGAUUCCCAUAACAACUAAAUGCCCAAAAUAUUAAUUAUUUAAACGUUUCUGAUCUUAGUUAAUUUGUGAUCGCACAGGUACAAUAAAAUUAAAUUUUUCUGGCCGUGAUUGCAACUUCUACAGUCAUCAUGAGAAAACUGUAACCCUAGAUCCAAACCUUGUUUCUAUUUGACGAUGGCAGUGUAGAUGUGAAUACCUCUCUGUUACAUCCACAUAGUGGUUUUCUGUUUUUCAUGCAUGAAGCUGAAAAUAAAAUCAUUUUGAAAGUUUUCUCAA